CACUCGUCCUAUGAACUCGAAACCGUGGGAUUUAUGCUCAGAAACCCCUCCUUUCUGUCCUCUUCCCCUCAUUUGACUCAGUCCUUAUCUUUUCCAACCGAACCUUCCAACACGCAUGGGUCUCCACUCGGCAGUUAGCUUAGGAAUCACCAUGCAGGGAUACGAUGGCCUCAUCAUACUGCAUUUGUAAUGCAUUCAGCAUCAUGAUCCGGUUGGUCAAUGCCACCAUCGUGGAUCAGGGCGCUGACGUUCGAGCGAUAAUCGGUCCUAGGCUACAUGGACUUUCGCUUCGGUCCAGUUGGUGGGACUAUUACACCUUAUGCGCCUGAGAUAGCGUUAGCGAUAUGGGCCCAUGAACAGUACUCUUAAUGUCACGGUAUACGGCCAUCGCUUCGAGAGGAUGGUAAAAUUUACGCAAACCUGGGUCCCUUAUUCUCGACAUCACCAUGACCCGUCACAUCCAACACGUCGCUGUCAUCGGGGCCGGCAUCAGCGGGGUCACGUCCGCCGGCCAUCUGCUUGCUGCAGGCAUUAAUGUCACGGUGUUUGAGCGGAAUCAUGCCGCUGGUGGUGUGUGGCUCUACGAUGAGCGGAAGCCUCUUGAACCGAACUACCCGGCUAUGAAGCCAUCCAUAUCCGAGCGGCACAGGGAGGGCGAAAAGUCUGAUGAAGACUCGCUGCCGCUGAAGCAUGCUCCUCCUGGGCCUUGCUAUGUCGGUCUAAAGAAUAACGUCGAGACGACGUUGAUGCGGGUGAAGCUCAAUGCCUGGCCAGAGGGUACGCCAGAGUUUGUCAGCCACACGGUGAUGAAGGAGUAUAUCCAGGACACGUCAAGAAAGGCUGGCGCCGAUGGAGUCACUAUCUAUGGCGCGCGCGUGACCAGCGUCAAAAAAGACGGGCAUAAAUGGCAUGUCACCUGGUCGACUCUGCGAGAGGAUGGGAAAUCGAAGAGUUUGAAAGAACACGAGGAGACAGCGACAUUUGAUGCGGUCAUCGUGGCUUCCGGUCACUACCAUGCGCCCCGCGUACCGGAUAUUCCCGGACUUUCAGACACAAAGACAAGAUGGCCCACGCGGAUCAUUCAUUCAAAAGCCUAUCGAAAGCCUAACGCAUACAAGGACAAGAACGUUCUACUUAUCGGAGGCGGAGUAUCAUCCACCGACGUGGCCAAAGAGAUCGGCCCGUUCGCUAAGCGGGUCUACCAAAGCACACGGAAUGGCAUAUUCGAUCUGCCAUCCAGCAUCCUUCCGGACAAUGCGGCCAGAGUUGGCGAAGUGGAGCGCUUCGAGAUCACCAACAAGAACGGAACAGUUUCCGACGACCAAGCGCUCCCGCUGAACAUCCAUCUCAAAUCCGGCCAAAAGCUGUGCGAGAUCGACGAUGUGAUCAUAUGCACCGGCUACCAUAUCACGUUGCCCUUCCUGCCGGAACUUCACGACGAUGCGACACCAGCCGAGAAAGCGAAUGAGACGAUCCUUGUUACCGACGGAACGCAGGUGCACAACCUACACAAAGAUAUCUUCUACAUCCCGGAUCCCACUCUCGCUUUCGUGGGCGUCCCCUACUAUACAGCAACCUUCACCCUGUUCGAGUUCCAAGCAAUCGUUGUCGCGAACGUGUUCGCGGGGAUCGCUCAAGUUCCGUCAGAGGAUGAUAUGCGGAAGGAGUAUGCCGAGAAGAUCAAAACGAAAGGCAGCGGCAAGACCUUUCAUUCGCUCAAGGAUGUCGAGGAGGUAUAUGUGGACGAUCUGAUGGGCUGGAUCAAUAAGUAUAGAGAGAAGCGCGGAUUGCCUGUCAUUGACGGCCAUACGGAGACCUGGCAUACAGCCAAGGCGAUCCAGCGCGAACGAGUCAAAGGGUUAAUUGGCGGAGGGAGCGCGAGACGAGAUAGUGGCGUUGGCGAGCAGUGGAUAUCCUGUCAUUAGACUGGAACUUCAGAUAUUGGUAGAAAUAGAGCAUACAGCCUAGCGCAUACAGCCG